AUGGUUUUUCUGAAUCUUGAGUUUCACAGACUGUCCUUACAUGGGGCCUGGGAGGCAUUCAUUCCACAAAUACAAAUUGAGGACCAGCCAUGGGUCAGCCCCUUGCCCCUGCAACAUCUCCACCCCAAAUAUCAGACUGGUCCUGCGUGCCGCUGUGUCAUGGAGGGAGUGACCCGGGCCCUUCUCCUGUUGGCUGGACUGCCUGUCUUGGAUGCCAGUGACGUGGUUGAUAAAGACAGUCCCUUCUACUAUGACUGGGAAGGCCUGCAGCUGGGCGGGAUGAUCUGUGCGGGCCUCAUGUGCAUCGCUGGACUCUUGUUUGCCCUGAGUGGCAAAUGCAAAUGCAAGAACAAGCAGAAGCAUGGCUCCUUACCUGAGAAAGCUGUUCCACUCCUCACUCCAGGGCCCUUGAUCAGGAUACAUAAGCAGGGUGAGGGGUCGGUUCGAAGGCUGGCCCAGAGCUACAGCCAUCACUCCAAGGACCUGAGUGGAACUCGGAAUACCUGGCUGAAACUGGAGCCAUUCACUGUCCAAGGUGAGUAG